AUGGUGAUCACCCGACUGAAGAGGGCAGCAGCAGUGCUGAGGCUCUUGGUGACCUUGGGGAAGGGCUUUAGGACCACCAAGAUCUGGGAGGUGGCCUUGAUCAGGGAUAUUGGGAUCAGUGGCCCCCUGAACACAGCUGAGUGGAAAACCAUCUCAUGGGUGGCGUCUGUUGCUCCACCAGCCUCUCAAACCUCAGCUGAUGUUGCACUCCUAACUAUCUUGGCAUAUGACCGGUACAUUGCCAUCUGCAAACCAGUGCAUUAUGAGAUGAUAAUGAACAGGAGAGCUUGCAUCCAGAUGGCUGCAGGUGCUUGGGCUGCUGGUGCCAUCAACUCUGCAGUGCACACUGGGAGCACCUUUAGUCUCCCCUUCUGCCACUCAAAUAUCAUCAACCAGUUCUUCUGUGAAGUGCCCCAGCUGCUCAAGCUCUCCAGUCCUGGCACAUACCGCAGGGAGCUGGCAGCUGUUGCCUUCAGUGUGUUUCUAGCUUUAGGUUGUUUUGUUUUCAUCAUUGUGUCGUAUGUUCAGAUCUUCACCGCAGUGUGGAGCAUUCCCUCGGAGCAGGGCCGGCAGAAAGCCUUCUCCACCUGCAUUCCUCACCUUAUCGUGGUCUCCCUGUUUCUCUCCACUACCAGCAUUGCCUACACGAAGCCCGUCUCUGACUCCCCAUCACCUCUGGAUCUCCUGGCAGCUCUUCUGUAUUCUGUGGUGCCUCCGUUGGUUAAUCCAGUCAUCUAA